GCUCGCUAGUCAUGGAAGGUGCGAGUUGUAGUACUGAGUGCUUGUAGUUCUUUUCGUGCAGUUGAGGCGAAAUAAGUGUCUGAAUGUAUUUGACCCCGGUUUUUAGGGUUAUAGAAAUUUUGCUGAGACGUUUAAUUUGUAGAAUCGAAGGUUUACAAGCCAGUUAAGCAGCGCUAUCCAGCCGUUUGUUAGCUAAAUAGCCCUGCUAGCGCUGGUAUUCAGCUCAACUGGAGGGGAGUGGUUGUGGAACUGUCAGUGGGAACGGGGGAACUGCUGUUAUAAAGUCGUCCUGUGCUUAUUUCAGAGGAGGAACGGGGUCCGAACAGGGCAGAACCUGCUGCUGAAGCUGUUUAGAGGAAGCCGUCCAGUCUGUGUGUGUCUCCAUCCAGUGAGCCAGCCAGCAAGCCCCCGAGUGCUGGCGUGUAUGAGUUUAGGGGGCGGGGAUGGGGAAUGGAGUUCAGGAAAGCCGGGGGCCGCUCACACAGAGUGAGGUGCUGCCUCGUCCCUCCUCCAGCCAAUCAGAGGGUUUCAAACAGGGUCGCUCUGUAUUGAACUCUUUAUUGUCUGGAGCUUUGGCGGGAGCUGUGGCCAAAACAGCUGUGGCUCCUCUGGACAGAACCAAGAUCAUAUUCCAAGUGUCUUCAAAUAGAUUCUCUGCCAAGGAGGCGUACCGGCUGAUCUACCGCACCUACCGGAAGGAUGGCUUCCUCAGCUUAUGGAGGGGAAACUCUGCCACCAUGGUGCGGGUGAUCCCCUAUGCUGCCAUCCAGUUUUGUGCCCAUGAACAAUACAAGAGGCUGCUGGGAGGGUAUUAUGGCUUCCAGGGCAAAGCUUUGCCUCCUGUUCCACGGCUCCUGGCCGGUUCUCUCGCUGGCACCACAGCCGCAAGUCUGACUUAUCCACUCGACAUGGUCCGCGCCCGCAUGGCCGUCACACCGAAAGAGAUGUACAGUAAUAUACUGCAUGUGUUUGUGCGGAUCUCCCGUGAAGAGGGACUGAAGACUCUCUACAGAGGAUUUACUCCAACCAUCCUGGGCGUUGUUCCAUAUGCAGGACUCAGCUUCUUUACCUAUGAAACACUCAAAAAAUUACAUGCAGAGAAGACGGGGCGACCGCAGCCGUACUCAUUUGAGCGCCUGGCGUUCGGGGCGUGCGCCGGCCUGAUCGGACAGUCGUCCUCCUACCCGCUGGACGUGGUGCGUCGCCGCAUGCAGACAGCCGGCGUGACUGGGCACACGUACGGCACCAUCCUGGGCACCAUGCGGGAGAUCGUGGCCGAGGAGGGCGUGAUCCGGGGCCUGUAUAAGGGCCUGAGCAUGAACUGGGUCAAGGGGCCCAUCGCUGUGGGAAUCAGCUUUAUGACAUUCGACCUCACACAGAUCUUCCUGCGCAAGGUUGUCUACAGCUCGCGGUAGCCAGGAGGGGGCGGCAGAGAGCCGUGGAGAGAGAACCAGCAGAAAAAAAGAGAGAAAGAGAGGUAGAGAGAGAGAGAGAAAAAGAGAGAGAGAAUUUUAGAGAAAAAAAAACUCCUUGAACAAAGGACUUUAAUGGAGCUGAGGAAAGGCUGAAACUGAUUUCUGCAUGUAGCAGAGCUGGAAAAUUUAACAAAAAAGGCAAAAAAAUGGAGGGCCUACUUUCCGCCCAUGUCACCAUGAGCAAAAAAAAAGAAAGUAAACUAUUUUAUUAAUUAGCGACAGAGCUAAUAUGUAUUUUGCAUAUGCUGCCAACGGAGCAAACAGGGAUGUUCUUAACUGACAGCAAAAAAAGGCCCAGAGAUUAGAUAGACUGAGACUGAGAUGAUUUUAGCGAUUUUGUUUUUCUGCGGAAUCAGUCGGUACACACUAUGUGUGUGAGUGUAGGCAUUUGUGUGCAUGUGUGUGUGUGUGUGUCUGUGUGUGUAUUUGCACACUCGGGUCAACCCUAGUGUGUGUUAGCAAGAGGUACAGACGGACAAAACAUGAAAAGAAAAAUGAAUGUGAUGUCCUGUAAAAGCCCCCCUCCUCCUUCAUAUCUUCAUUUCUUCUUUUUUUCAGACACUCUUAAGAAUAAAGGUGCUACAAAGGGUUCUUUAACUCGUAGAACCCUAACAAAACAUGCACUUUGCAUGAGGAUAUCGAUGAUUAAUGACUUCAUGAGAAAGGAAAGAGUUAAAUUACAAACAGGGUUUUUACAACGGAUAUAGGCUUCAUUUGAUCUGGUUAGUUUUGGUUUCACACUGCAGUUUAGUGAGUGGAUUAAAGCACAUUGCUACAUUCUGUUCUCAUCACCCUCAUAGGUCUUCCUAUACUUGACUCUGAUUGGUUUGUAGAAUAUUUUUUUAGAUUGGUGAUUUUCUUUUUUAAAUGCUGCCAGAAUUUAACUUCCUUUAAGUGCACGUGUGUCAUGCAUUAAAAAGGUUACCCUUGGAUUUUUUUUAUUUCUGGUUAUAAAUAAGGGUUAAUCUACAGUUACAGUAGAUACAGCAAUCACCAGUUUAAUCUAUUGUAGCCAUACUAGUCAGAUUUUGGCACAACAGUGGUUUUCUUUUUUCUACUUCUGUUGGUUAGUGGGUGAAGAUAGCAUCCUCAAUUUCUUGUCAUUAGUUCAAAAGUCCAAAAUGAUUAAAAAGUGCUUAAAAAUUGCAGACAAGGAUCCAGACUGAGACCCCCUUGGUUUUGGACAGACCAAAUUAGACCCAAGUUAUUAACCCUUUCCUGACUUUUGAAGCAUUGCUACCCACAAAGCAUGGGCUUAGAGCUCCUAAUAACUCUUCAUAGGCCUAAAUUGUCUAUAUUUUUUAUAGGUUCUGAAUGGUUCUGAUUUGGCAUUUAAUACAGCACUGCCCAUCAUUAGUAGCACCUUUAUUUUCCAUGCCAGUGUAUUUAUGCCCACAUUCUUCUUUUGGACCUUCAGAAAAGUGUUUUUUUCAAGUCUUUUCUUGCUUUCAUUCUUUGGAAGAACAAAAAUGGCUUUCUUGUUGCCCUCCUGCCUUGUGAUGUCAGUUGAGCUGCCUUAACUGAUUAACUAUUAAUGGAUUUACAUUUAGUGCAAAAAAGCAGAAAUCUUUUUAAAAAUAAUAAUAAGUUGCCUGAUUUCAUCACCUACAUUCAUAUUAUUUUAAGUUCUGUCAGUUUGUAUGUCCCACACAUGACUCAUAACCCACCUUGGUUAAACUCCAUGGUACCAUUUUAAAAUAAGACUACCUUUAUAAAGGGUUUAUAAUGGUUUACUUUACGGUUAGUUUAUUAAUGGUUACCAAUUAGGUUGUAAAUGCCUUAAAAAUCAAGUUAUAAAAUCAGUUAUAACACAUACGUAGAAAGGGCAACAAUGACCUGUUGUUUGCCAAAUAGUGAACACACAGCCAUCUAUAUCGCCCUUAUAUUGCCCUUUCUACGAAUGUGUUAUAAAUGAUUAUUAAUGAUUUAAGGCAUUUACAACAUAAAUAGUAAGCAUUAAUAAACUAAUUGUAAACCAUUUAUAAACCCUUUAUAAAGGUAGUCUCAUUUUAAAGUGGUACCAACUCCAUCAUAGUAUCAAAUAAACCCAUAAUAUCAUCAUCAUCACCAUCAUCCUCAGAAUCAGCAAUAAAAGCUGUAUAUUGAAGCAUAAAGCAUAAAGCUGUGUUCAGGAGAAGUUGUACAUUUGGAGUCGCUUGCUGUUGAUAAAUAGUGCUACUUGUGAGCUGCUCUUCUGCUUCUAUCUUUAGCGUGUGCUAUAAUGAGUGUAUCCACCACUCCAGCCGCUGAGUGGUCAGAGCAGGUGUGUCUGCUGGCUGCUCUGCUGCUUUUCAGCAGGGAGCUGACCAGGUGCACCAGCACGUGUCCUGCUGAGGGCAGUGGAAAAGCACUUUGGGUCAGUGAAUGCGUCUUGCUGAGCGAAGGCGAGAGAAGUGUGCUUGUUUGUGUGGAAUUUGAAUUGGAACGUGUCCUCAUUUACCCUUACCCUUUGUGUGUGUGUGUGUGUGUGUGUGUGUUUUUUUGCUUUUUUUUUUUGUUUUGUUUUUUUUGGGCUUCAGCUGUAGGCCUGGGAUGUAUACUAUACUAUGGUGUAUACUAAAAGGUGGAGGUGUCCAGUUUCUUCUUGGUACAGGGGGAUCUUCUUGUGGUGUGGCCCACAUUGGUGGUUUUCCAUGCUCAGACUUACCCUAUACAAACAUAUACAUAUACCUAUAUAUACAGCUCUGGGGAAAAAAAAAAGAGACCACCUCAGUUUCUGAAUCAGUUUUUCUGAUUUUGCUAUUUAUAGGUAUAUAUUUUAUUCUAUAAACUACAAACAACCUUUCUUCCAAAUUCCAAAAAAAGUAUUGUCAUUUAGAGCAUUUAUUAGCAGAAAAUGAGAAAGGGCUGAAAUAAAUAAAAAAAAACAUGCAGAGCUUUCAGACCUCAAAUAAUGCAAAGAAAACAAGUUCAUAUUCAUAAAGUUUUAAGAAUUAAGAAGUCAGUAUUUUAAUCACAGUUUUCAUGCAUCUUGGCAUGUUCUCCUCACACCAGUCUUACACACUGCUUUUGGAUAACUUUAUGCCUUUACUCCUGGUGCAAAAAUUCAAGCAGUUCAGUUUGGUUUGAUGGCUUGUGAUCAUCAGUCUUCCCCUUGAUUAUAAUCUAGAGAUUUUUAAUUUGGUAAAAUCAAAGAAACUCAUCAUUUUUAGGUGGCCUCUUAUUUUUUUCCAGACCUCUAUAUGUUUUUGUGUGUGAGUGUGUGUUGGACUAUAGUGCAAUAGUGAUGUAGCCAAAGCCUGUAAUAUGCAAAUAAGCCCUUGAACAAAUCUAUUUUUAUCUGUUGUGCACUCCAUAUUUUUUAUGUUGUGUAUACAACCUAGUAGGCCUGUCCUGAUAACCAAAAGUUUUUCCCCCAAAAAAAUGUAAUAAUGUCAUUUUAAGACCAAAUUUACACUACUGAUUACACGUUACACUAGCAUAUUUAUGCAGUUAGACAUUACUUUUGAAGAAGAGUAUUUUUGUUUUUAUUAUAAAGAAUAUUCAGACAUUGGAAUUGAAAUAUCAAAAUAUUCAAAUAAAUAAAACAUGAAUAGAGUAAAACCUACUUAAAAUAAUAAUAAGCUCUCAUCAUAAAGUAAAUACAGUGGGCAAUAAAAAUGAUUGGGGUUAUGUUUAUAUAUUAUAUGGAAUCAAUACAAUAAUGGAAAAUUGUAAAAUACCUAAAAUUCAGAUUCAGGGUAUAAAUUAUGCGUAAUAAUUCUGUCUGUAUUGCCUAAUCUGUAGCAUAUUGUCUGUAGUUGGUAAAGAAUGGAAGAUUCAGUCCAGACUUGCGGUGGUUUGCAGUAUUUCAGUGUUUUCAAGCUAUUGAUUAAAUCAAUAGCUUUAUAUUAAUUAUUAAUUAUGGUAAUGUCUGUCUGCAUCAUCCUGUAGCAUAUAGUCGAGUAUCACAAACAGUAGUUUAGUAGUUUUUUGUAGUUGCAGACUACUUCCACCUAAGUAAUUCAUUGCUCAUUUUCAACUCAGAAAAUCACUUCUUAUGUGUUGCAUUUUAAUCAAGUACCAUCCACAGUAGUUUAUUAAGAAAGGAAGAUUUCCAUUGGAGUAUUUAAUUCCAUUUCAAUUACCAUAAACAGAAUAAAACAUAAUAAAUGAAUUAAGACUACAAAUUCUAAUAGACAUUUUGAAGCUCUCAUGACAUUUAGAGACAAUUAUGCUCAUUUUAGAGAAUUCUUAAGAGUCAGAGAUUUGGACAUCAAGCUAAAAUCUGUAUUUCCUAUAUUUAGCGUAUAUAUUUAAUUGCCCUAUACAGAACAAAACAAUAUAAGAAAAUGAACUGAAGCUAUGCAGUAUCUGUACAGUGGUGUCUGGUGCUCUUUGUAGGUCUUUUACAAAGUACAGGAAAAUGAAUUCUAAUAUAAUUAUUAUUUAAAAACAAAUAUUAAUUAAACAGAUAAUGUUUAGCAACAGAGUUUUUUUCCUAUAUUAAUUUUGAUCAUGUGUGAGCAUGUAAAACCCACCAAACUGUACUUGAGCCCCUUUUGUACCAAGGUCUUGUGUGCUAAUUGCUGCAUUGUCGUAUUGCUGCAAGUAAGGCUAUAACUUAAAGCUGAGCGUAAAUAUAUCUCUGUCUAAACUAAGUGCCUACUACAAAAGAACAAAACACCUGAAAUGAUCAAAACUCAUACUUAUGAUACUUUCAGUGAUACACAACUUGUAUACAUAUCUAGGCCUGUUACAAUAUCACUUAUUAUUAAGAAUAUUUAGACAUUGGGAAAGAUUAUUAAUCCUCCACAUGUGUUAGUGUGUGUUGUGCUGGUUAUAUGAGUGGAUCAGACACUGCAGCAGUGCUGCUGGAGUUUUUAAACACUGUGUAUACUCAUCCUACCUAUAGUAUCUGAUCCACCUUGUAGAUAAAGUAAAGUCAGAGACAGAAGCUCUGAAUCUGUUGCUGAAUGGUUUACAGUGUUGAUCAUCCUCUAAAUCAUUGGUUCUCAAACAUUUUAGACCAUGUACCCUACACACUCAAACUAAAAACUCAAAGAAUCACAUUCAAGUCCCCUACAGGAACAUACACAAGCAAACUGGGGGUGAGUGAUAUGGAAACACAAUAAAUUAAUGCUGCAAAUUCCAAUAGAAAUGCAGCAAAAGGACUUUCAUUUUAAAGUUCUCAUGAUUAAUUAAUAUCCAGGGAUUUGGAUUUAGACAUCCCCCGGUACCCACCUGCAUUUGCUUUCAUCAUCUUUUAUUUUUUAAUACAUUUAAAAACAUGGUACCGCUUUAAAAUAAGGCUCCUAAGGUUUAUAAAUAGUUAAUAAAGAAGUCUACUAAUGGUUAUUAAUUAGGUUAUAAAUCAUUAAUAAGCAGUUACAACACAUAAAUAGAAAGGGCACACGUAGCCUGCCAAAUAGUACCAAAUUGUGAUUCCACAUUCAUUUAUACUGUUAAACAUAAAAAUCUUACUUUGUCUUUUCCAUCAGUCAUCAUAACCUUCAUUUCUGUUAAUAACUGUAUUAAUUUAACUAUAAUAACAUAACAAAACUAAACUGACUUUCUAUAUUAUUUUUUU